UUUCAAUUUUGACAUUUCACGACCACUUCGUUUAUCUCUGACGAUCACUUUACCAGCUGACGCUGUAUUCUUGUGUGUUUACAUUUUACAAAUACUAUAAAUAUUAUUCUUGUUUCGAUCAAAACUACUCUAUGCGUUAAAAUUGUUCCUUCGAAAUGUUAUCAUCUCUUAUCAAGGAACAUCAAGCUAAGCAAGCAGCUAAGAGAGUUGUACAAGAGCAAAAACGAAAAGAAUGUAUAGCUGCUGCCAAUGACCUGACUCAAGCAUUAGUAGACCAUCUUAAUGUUGGUGUGGCACAAGCAUACUUAAACCAAAAACUUGAUGCCGAAGCAAAGUCAUUACACCAAGGUGCAAUAAACUUUGCAAAACAGACACAACAGUGGCUGGCCCUGGUUGAGAAUUUUAGCAGUGCUUUAAAAGAAAUUGGAGAUGUAGAAAAUUGGGCUCGUAGUAUUGAAAAUGACAUGAAAAUUAUAACAGACACAUUGGAAAAAGCUUAUGAAAUGACUCAUGAACAACCUAGUAGUAGUCAGUAGUUUAUUUAUUUUAAAUUACAAAAAAUAUAUUAUAUUUAAAGUUCCCACACUUGUAUAAAACAACAUUUUCAAAACUAAAUUAAUAUUCCUUGCAUAAUUUAUGAAGCCAAAAUUUGUAUAAGAAUAAUUGAUGCUAAUGAGACAUUUGCAAAGAGCAUUUGUAAUAUUAUGGAAAGAUGUUUGAAUCAUGUAAGGCUUAUUGUUAUUAAGUUUAAUUGGUAAGUUUGAUUUGCCACAUGAGUGUUUCAAGGCACACCAUUACUUUAAUUAGUAUGUGGUAUUUUAAGUAAUGUGAGCAGUUUAGUCAUCAAAAUGCUGUCAAUAAGUAAUAGUAUUAUUUUAAGGAAAUUAUGUAUAAAGUGAAAAUAGGCUAAGAUAACACUAAUGGCAAUAUUACUGGUUAUUUCACUUUUUUGGCUCACAGCUUUAAGAAAUCAAAAUAUAACAUAAAAUGGUAUAUCCCUUUGUAACAAUGUAUUUUUUUUAAAAAAUAAAUAAAUGCCUAAACUUUAUAAGUUAC